AUGGAAAAUAUAGUCGAUUGUAAUGAAAAUUGUUUUCUAUGUGAAAAGAAGCAAGCCUGAAAAGUAAAUUUCGCUCAAUUCCAUGGACUAUGCGACUAUCAUAAAGAAUCUAUUGAAGAAUCCCAAAAUUAUCAAUGCAUCCAUUGUGAAUCAAUAAUUUUCAUUUGCAAAUUUACUAGUGUUCAAUGCGAUUAUUGCUAUGAAAAUCCUAACAGCCACAUACUUGAUUGCAAUCAUAAAAUCUGUGAAAUGUGCUUUAAUGAAGAACAUUCUUGCUGCCCUUUGUGCAAAUAUCUCUCCUCUCAAAGUGAAAGCAAGGAGACUUUAAAUGAAAAUGCUCUUAAAGAGCCAGUAAAAGUCAAAAUUAAUGGUAUAGAAAAUGGAGAAGAUAACUAUGAAAGCAGUGACUCAGAAGUGAUUGAAGAGGAAGAGGUUGAUGAAGAAUUAUAUGUAAUCGAGGAGGUCGAAAUGUCUUUAGAACAAUCAGUGGCUUUUGAUAUUCGCAAAUCUUUCCAGUCAACUUCUGCUGAUUCACAAUCGCAAGCAAUAAAUAGCAUAAAAGCCCUUCCAUCAAUUAUUCCUGAGCAAACCUUCAUAUAUAAAAAAUGCCCCAAAUGUAGCAAUGGAAUACUCAUUGAGUCAGAGACUUAUAAAGAUAUAUAUAAAUGCUGCAGCUGUGACAAAUAUUUUUGUAUCUCUUGUCUUGAAAGAUUAAAAUCCCCUAAAUCUCACCAUAAUUGCACUGGAUCCACCAAAAAAAUGAUUCACUUAACUCGCAAAAAAUUUAAUAAGGAUAAUAAAAAACUGAAAAAACUAGGCUCAAUGCUGCAAGUAUGUCCUUUUUGCAAGAAAAUGAGAGAAUAUAAAAUAGAAAAAGGGUAUUAUAUUUGCUGUGAAGGUUCGAAUCAAUGUGGCAUAAUGUUUUGCUUGUCUUGCGGGGCUCCAAUAAGUGAGAAGGAUGGAGAAGCCUUCGCGAAGCAUUUUACUAACGGCUCGAAUAACCCUUGUGUUGAUUUUGAAAUAGUUAAAAAAGAUCAAAAUCCUGUUAUUUAUGAACACGAUAAUUUAAAGAUAUUAAAAUUAUAA